AUGGCCACCAUCACUGCUUGCACUUCAACCUCUUCGAUCACACCCACGGCUCUCCUGCCCAAAGGAUCCCUCGUACGUCCUACCGUAGUCGGGUUACCAGCAAUGGCGGCAAGGGUGGGCAAAGUGAGGUGUUCCAUGGAGGGAAAGCCUGCUGUGGAGGAGAGUGGCUCAAAUUUGGGGAUGGGUGCAUCACUGAUUGCGGCGGCAUGUGCUGCAACCAUAUCCAACCCAGCCAUGGCUUUGGUGGAUGAUAGAAUGACCACAGAAGGAACUGGGCUUCCUUUUGGUUUGAGCAACAACGUCCUCGUUUGGAUCAUUUUAGGUGUGUUUGGCUUGAUCUGGUCUCUCUACAUUAUCUACACUUCCACCCUUGAAGAGGAUGAGGAGUCGGGAUUAUCCCUUUAA